AUGCGUUUCCUUUUGAAUCACACCAAAAAUAUCUUUCGUCGCACCCCUAUCGGGUAUUUUUCUGUCGAACAAUUGUUUUUAUCAGGCAGUUGUCCAUCGGGCUCUUGUCAGUCGGACAUUUGCCCGUCGAGCUCUUGUGAGUCGGGCAUUUGGUCGUCGGACUCUUGUCAGUCGCCAUUUGGUUGUCGGACUCUUGUCAGGCGACAUUUAGUCGUCGGACUCUUGUCAGUCGGGCAUUUGGUCGUCGGACUCUUGUCAGUCGCCAUUUGGUUGUCGGACUCUUGUCAGUCGCCAUUUGGCCGUUGGACUCUUGUCAGUCGCCAUUUGGUUGUCGGACCCUUGUCAGUCGGGCAUUUAGUCGUCGGACUCUUGUCAGUCAUUUGGUCGUCGAGCUCUUGUCAGUCGGGCAUUUGGUCGUCGGAUUCUUGUCAGUCGCCAUUUGGUCGUCGGACUCUUGUCAGUCGCCAUUUGGUUGUCGGGCUCUUGUCUGUCAGGCGUUUGGUCGUCGGACUCUUGUCAGUCGCCAUUUGGUUGUCGGGCUCUUGUCAGUCAGGCAUUUGGCCGUCGGGCUCUUUCGCCAUUUGGCCGUCGGACUCUUGUCAGUCGCCAUUUGGCCGUCGGGCUCUUGUCAUUUGGGCAUUUGGCCGUCGGACUCUUGUCAGUCGCCAUUUGGUUGUCGGACCCUUGUCAGUCGGGCAUUUGGCCGUCGGGCUCUUGUCUGUCAGGCAUUUGGCCGUCGGGCUCAUGUCAGUCGCCAUUUGGCCGUUGGACUCUUGUCAGUCGGGCAUUUGGUCGUCGGACUCUUGUCAGUCAUUUGGUCGUCGAGCGCUUGUCAGUCGGGCAUUUGGUCGUCGGACUCUUGUCAGUCGCCAUUUGGUCGUCGGACUCUUGUUAGUCGCCAUUUGGUCAUCGGAAUCUUGUCAGUCGCCAUUUGGUCAUCGGACUCUUGUCAGUCGGGCAUUUGGUUGUCGGGCUCUUGUCAGUCGGGCAUUUGGUCGUCGGACUCUCGUACGAUCACCGAAGUUAAGCAGCGUAGAGCCAGUGAGUAAUCUCCAUUCCUUUGAAUCUUAUCUUCUUGCCGUUCUCUCUUUCUCUCUCAUCCCCAGCAACGUUCCCGUCAAUUUUGACCAUUUGGAAGCUAUCAUUACAGCCUACCAAAUUACCAAAAUUUUAUUUCCCUUUCCUCGCACAUAUCUCCACCUUCCCCAAACAUAUCUUGUUUUCUUUAUUUAUUUAUUUAUUUCCCUCAUAUCUCUCUCUCUCUCUCUCUCUCUCUCUCUCUCUCUCUCUCUCUUUCUCCCUCCCUUUCUCUCUUUAAAUCCUCCAUUUUCUCCGGUCAUCAAUGCACAUCGGCAGCUCUCAACUAAAAUUUGUGAUUCUAUUCGCAAGCUUCUCUAUCAGACGCCAUUUUUUUUCUCAAACUGCUUCGCUUCUUCAUUCGGAUAUCCUGUUGCACGAGUCGACGUCAUUUGA